CCCAGCUGCCGAACGGAGGCAUUUGACGCGAGGACUAUGACAGCCAGAUUGUAAACAGAGAAGCCAGCAGCCGCUGAAUGAGGCAGCCAAUAUUUCUCGCGGGUCACUGGAGGGGAAAGAGGAAAGGGAAAUCCAGAUUCUGUGGAUCGUUUCUGCUGAACAGCUGUGCCCUCACCCCCUGACCUUUGUUAGAGGCUUAGUGUUCAGAAUGGUAAACGAGAGAAGCGGUUUUUCAGGGUUGCGUUUCCCAACAGAAGUUGACUCGGUCUCUUAAAAUCAGAUGGCAGAGCCUCUUCUAGUUGAGUUGUUCCCUUUGCCUGCAGUUGAUUACUUCCCUGUGACUCGGCAAAAUACUUUAUCCCCCCACAAGUUCUGAUUCUUCUGACCUGCAAAUAAAAUGGAGGCUUUAGAAGUCGAUGAUAUCAGCCCAGCCUUGGAGGUCACUGAAGACUUCUUCAGCACCUUCGAUGCUAAGCUGGAGAAUGUGCAGCCAGCCAAGGUUUACGGGAUCCAAGAGGUCCCUGAACUCGUCGGGCACGAAACGUUUAACAAGAUCACCGCCUGCGGAGACUUGAGGAACAUCGCUUCUUUGGAGAAGAACGGCCUCGUUUGGGAACGCUGCAAAAAUGGGCUCCUGGAAGCCAAGGUGGAGGCGGCGUUUCCCGCCAAAGAGCCUUUUGCGGUCCAGAGGGGAACCGUCCCCGACAACCUCUCCUGGAUGGAGCAGAGGGAGGACUCGACAUUUAACAUCUUCAAUAUCGGGCAGAGGAGGAGGGAUCGGCCCCAUUCCGUGAACGACAUCCUAGUGCAGAGCGAGGAAACGGCCUUCAAGCCGGGCCACAACCGGUCGCGCUCAGAUAUCAGCCACGUAGACUGGGGGGUGGUCCUAAAUGGUGCCCCUCUGCAGCAGUCGUCCAAUCAGAGCAACAGAAAUCCCAAGCUUUCAUUCAUGCCAAAUGGAUUCCAAAAAGGAGAGGACCUUCAAGGGAACACUGAACAUAAGCCCACAUUCUCAAAUAUCCUGAAGAAAGGCUACCUGGAAGUUAAGAACCACCAUGAUGGCUAUUGGCAGGCCUGUUACGCGAAGCUCUCUCCCUGCAAACUGUACCUGUAUCAGCUGGACAGAAGUGGCAACCAAACUCCCCCCACCGUCUACCUGCUUCUGCAUUUCCAAAGCAUCAACGUGGAAGCCCAGGUGGUCGACGCCGUCCUCUUCGACAACUCGCACCUCCAGCUCAAGGCGGAGUCGCCGUGGGAAGCCUUGGAUUGGGGGCAGAAGCUUUGGGAAGCCGUGCGCUCUUCGGUCCCAUCUUUCCUGCGGCCCCCAGGGGAGGCGGAGAACUCGCAGAAGCUGGACAAUGUGCAGUGCAGCCUCGCUCAGAAUCGCGGCACGUGGAAGGAACCUCCCGAGGCCUUCCAAACGACGUCUGCAGCCCCGAGCGUCAAAGACUACCAAACCGUUCUCAAGUCCGGGACCCUUUACAGACUGACGCUCCAGAAUAACUGGAAGACGUUCCAUUUUGUGCUCAGCCCCUCUUUCCUGAUGGCUUUUCAGCCCGGCGGGCUCGACGAGGACCCUCUGCUGAGCUACAACAUCGACACGUGCCUCUCGGUCCAGACUGACGUCCUGGACGACUGCGACUCCUGCUUUCAGGUGAUCUUUCCUCAAGACGUGCUCCGGCUGCGGGCGGAAACCCGCCAAAGGGCUCAGGAAUGGAUGGAGGCCUUGAAGUGCAGCGCCAAUGCGGCUAAAAGCUUGGGCCCCGACCUGCAAGUGACUCUCCGAAACAAAGCCCAAGACCCGUCUCGGGGGAAGGAGUUGCGGAGGAUCAAGCGCCAGUCGGUCACCACCAGCUUUCUGAGCAUCCUCACCACCUUGUCUUUGGAAAGAGGGCUGACGGCCCAGGGUUUCAAAUGUGCCGGCUGUCAGCGUUCCAUCGGCCUCUCCAGUGGCAAAGCAAAUGUGUGCAGCUACAGCGGCUGGUAUUAUUGUGGCACUUGCCACGUGGACGACACCUUUCUCAUUCCUGCGCGGCUGGUCCAUAACUGGGACACUUCAAAAUACAAGGUAUCAAAGCAAGCCAAAGAGUUCCUGGAAUAUGUGUACGAAGAGCCCUUGAUUGACAUCCAGCAGGAAAACCCGAUGUUGUACAGACACGUUGAGGCACUGGCCACCGUAGUCCGGCUGAGACAGCAGCUGAAAUCCCUCCGAGCGUAUUUGUUCAGCUGUCGAGCAGCCGUGGCCGAAGACCUGCGAAGGAGAAUUUUCCCCAGAGAAUAUCUUCUCCAGCAGAUCCACCUGUAUUCCCUUUCAGAUCUACAGCAGGUUAUUGAAGGGAAACUGGCCCCUUUCCUUGGGAAGGUAAUCAAAUUUGCCACCUCCCAUGUCUACAGCUGCAGCCUUUGUAGUCAAAAGGGAUUCAUCUGUGAGAUCUGCAACAAUGGAGAGAUCCUCUACCCCUUUGAGGACAUUUCCACAAGCAGGUGCGAGAGCUGCGGUGCCCUCUUCCACUCCGAGUGCAAGGUGAAGUCCGUCCCAUGCCCCCGGUGCGUGCGGAGGGAGCUCCAGAUGAAGCAGAAGUCUUUCUGGCGAAGGCUGAACAUGGACGACAGCCUGGGGGAGGCCUGCAACGUUUUCGAACUGUCCUAUCCAAACACUUGACUGGAAGGGCGACGCUGGCAACCUGCAAGGAUCCCUUUCCUACCGUGGGAUGAACGUUUGACGAAGCAACUUUGGCUCCGCCGGGCAGAAUCCUUUGCUGCUAAAAAAAAAAGAGAAAAGCUUAGCUUUGAGGUUGUGGAAUAUCCAGAGCCAAAGGCACCAGGAGUGAGUAGCGUUGAUGGAACCUACAUAGAUAGCAUUUGUGAAGUCUAGGCGAACCAGCUGGUCUUGAAGCCAAAUGUAGUUUACUUGAAAUAUAUCCUAGUCUCUUUGCAUUUGGUUUUCUGGUUA